UCUGUGCUGGUUGUUUUGGGUUUUUUCAGGAUGUCGGUGGCGGGUUUCAAGAAACAGUUUCAUAAAGCGAGUCAGUUACUGAGUGAGAAGAUCAGCGGUGCUGAAGGGACGAAGCUGGAUGACGACUUCAUGGAGAUGGAGCGGAAAAUCGACGUCACCAACAGGUCCGUGUUUGAGCUUCUGACCAGAACCACCGAAUAUCUGCAACCAAACCCGGCGUCGAGAGCUAAGCUGGGAAUGCUGAACACCAUGUCGAAGAUCAGAGGGCAGGUGAAGACCACCGGCUACCCUCAGACCGAGGGGCUGCUGGGAGACUGUAUGCUCCGGUACGGCCGGGAACUCGGGGACGACUCUACAUUCGGUGCUGCAUUAGUGGACGUCGGUGAGGCUCUGAAACAAAUGGCCGACGUUAAAGACUCGCUGGACAUCAACGUGAAGCAGAACUUCAUCGACCCUCUGCAGACGCUGCAGGACAAAGAUCUGAAGGAGAUCGGGCAUCAUCUAAAGAAGCUGGAGGGGCGGCGGUUAGAUUUCGACUACAAGAAGAAGCGCCAGGGGAAGAUCCCCGACGAGGAGAUCAGACAGGCCGUGGAGAAGUUCGACGAGUCCAAGGAGCUCGCCGAGAGGAGCAUGUUCAACUUCCUGGAAAACGAUGUGGAGCAGGUGAGCCAGUUAUCGGCUCUGAUCGAGGCAGCGCUGGAGUAUCACCGCCAGUCCUUCGACAUCCUGACGGAGCUCGCUGACAACCUACAGAGCAGGAUAAACACAGCCAGCAGUAAAGCCAAAAAAGAGUUUAAACCAAGAUCCGUCGUCUCCAGUCUAGACACGGCCGACAUCAACCAGCACAACGGCCUCUCCUACACCCCCUCCAUCAAAUCCUCAGAGAUCCAAGUGAACCACAAAGUAAACGGAAAAAUCGAUCACAUCAACCAUCCACCUCCAUUCAACCCCACCUGGUCUGAGAGCCCCAUCGCUAACACUCAGACGGAGGCGCACAUGGACCAGCCGUGCUGCCGCUCGCUCUACCACUUCGAACCCGAGAACCAGGGCGAGCUGGGGUUCAAGGAGGGCGACAUCAUCAUCCUGACCAAUCAGAUCGACGAGAACUGGUACGAGGGCAUGAUCAACGGCGAGUCGGGCUUCUUUCCCAUCAACUACGUGGAGGUCCUGGUGCCCCUGCCGCAGUGAGGCCGGCUCUCGCACCCUGACGGACUCUAUUCUAUCGUUUCGAUAUAUCCAGAAUACGUUUUAUUAUUUGGAGUCGUUCGCUGACCUGGAUGCCUGAAAACCAGGAGGAUUUUAUACGUUUCAGUAUUUAUUUCUUGUCCAGACGCCGUGAUGCUGCUCACGCUUCUGAUUUCCUUCGCCGCACCUCCUCGCCCCGUUUUUACGCCGGGCGACCGCGCUGCCUCGCUCUCUGCCUUUCUAUGUUUAUUAUAAUGUUUUCCGCCGGCAGUGCUCUUACGCGUCUCUGAGAUGAAAUGAAAUGUAUUUACGAGUAUCGGUACUGUUACUGCGGUGAAUGUUUACCUCCUGGAGAACUUCCUCUCUCUCUCUCUCGCGCUCGCUCGCUCGCUCUCUCCGUACCUGUUCACACGAGAGUCGUGGUGAUCAUAUAUGGCGAAUCAUGUUAGGCGUGGACGAUCUGCUUUUUCAUGACGAACGACAUGCUGUGCAUCCUGCAUCGCCCUCCGUUGAUGCCAAAACAUGCGAACGUGACCCGGUUCUAUGAACGACCGAGGUUCUGGAGUGUGGCGCACUGCCCACUUCAGCCGUGUUCACCUGAUUGAACUUUGAUCCAGUUUGCUGUUUGCUGACCUUUUCAAAGCUCCUCCAGUGAGACGAACUGUUUGAUACGAGGUGGUAAAAGCAACUCAGGCCGUACAAACAUUUACAUUUUCAGCAUUUAGCAGACGCCUUUUAUCCAAAGCGACUUACAGUACAGUAUACAGUCUGAGCAAUUGAGGGUUAAGGGCCUUGCUCAAGGGCCCAACAGCAGCAACCUGGCUUUUGAUUACUAGUCCUUUACUAGUCCAGUACCCUAACCACCAGUACCCUAACCACUAGGCUACGGCUUAUACAGUAUGUCAAUAGGCAAACACGGGCGACAAUAGUGAGAAAAAACCCCAGAAAGAAACCAACCUGUCUUGAACCUGGAGAACGUAAACGUCCACGGUUGUUGGAAUAUGAAUUCCAACGAGCACGUUACAAAUGUUUGUUUACAUUUACAGCUUCAGUCCAAACAAAGCUUAGCGUGACUUACUGUAGUAAAACAGCGAGUGAGGAAUGUGAUUAGUGGAGGAACUUAUGAGCAGUAAUAAUGAAGAGAAGUUUAGUGCUCCUGUCUCCUUCUUUUACUACAUUAAACCACGUUAAGCUUUAUUCUCAACCAGAAGCGUUUUAGACUCUGGGAGAAGCUGAUUCUGAUUCUCAUGAUUUCUCAGAAGCUGGAGCUGUAACACAAGUUUAAAAGUGAAACAGGGAGGAGAAUCCAGAUAAACACAGAUACAUGUGGAGCUGUAACCCUGGAUCUGCACCUUAUUCCACACUGAUGCAGAUUCACACUCUGGUGACGCUUCUAAUGUGAACGCUCCCUAAAAAGGUGGAGUGGAACCGAUUUAAGGUCCAGAUUUAUUUUAUUAUGGGUUGUGCACAUCUCUGUGCAUCAAGGUGCUUCGAUGUUUAAGCUUUUAUUACCUGGUAAAAUCUGACUCUUCACUACUGAUCCGCAGAGAAGGAGCUAAAAUAUAUCGUUUUAUUUUCAGUAUAAUUUACAAGCGAUAAAUUCUUUUGCAAAAUCAAUCAACGAACAAUCCUCAUCAUUCAGCUCUUCAACAAGCACCAAAAACAAUCGGACCACAGCGUCUCCCUGGAUCUUUUGUAGAACACUACUGACCCCCGUCCCUUUUCUUUUGAUUUUUUUACUGUUCUGUCUCUCCCUCCUGUCCUGGAUUCCCGGAGCGUGAGAAACGGACACGCCUUUAUUUCUCUGUUGUUUUGUUUACUCUAAUUUAUACAGAAAGUGUUUUAUAGAUGAGAAUAUUACAGACGUUUUAUUAUUGCUUAAAUAAACCAGAAAUGCUGAAUCACUGAUGAGAGAAAA